AUGGGUAUUGUUGCCAGCCUCAAGAUUACAUUUGAAGAUUUGAUGGUUAUUGCUUUGAAUCUAAUGCUAAUCAAAAUUACAAUUGUGUUGAUCAUGCUUCCUUCUAUCCGUUUGAUUGUUCAGGACUUCUGGAAGUUGACUUUGUUAUCAUUUCUAGCUGUCACAUUAGCUGCACUCCUCUACUGCAUCCAUGUGUACCAAGUGCGGAAGCAUAUCUUUCACUUUGAUUGUCUAAAGUGGAAUUCAUGUUUGGUAAGAGCAUCUUAG